AUGAACUUAUUGCCAAGUGGAAAAUGUUUUUAUUUAUCUGUAGUAAUCUGCUGGCUAACGUCAAGGGUCGACGGAUCUUUAUGGUACAUGGGAACCCUUGGGUCGCAAGUGAUGUGCGACAACAUCCCAGGGUUAGUCAACAAACAGCGGCAGCUGUGCCGCCAGCAUCCCAACAUUAUGCAGGCGAUCGGAGCCGGGAUUAAAGACUGGAUCGGGGAGUGCCAACAUCAGUUUCAGAACCACCGCUGGAACUGCAAUACCAUAGAGCGAGACCACAAUGUGUUCGGACGCCUACUGCUGCGUAGCAGUCGUGAAGCAGCCUUUGUGUACGCCAUCUCCUCGGCCGGGGUGGUCCACACCCUGACCCGAGCCUGCAGCCAGGGAGAGCUGCAGUCGUGCUCCUGCGACCCCACCAAGAAGGGCUCGUCCCGGGACGCCAAGGGGGCGUUCGACUGGGGCGGCUGCAGCGACCACGUGGAGCACGCCAUGAGGUUCAGCCAGGCCUUUGUAGAUGCCAAAGAGCGGAAGGAGAGAGAUGCCAGGGCUCUGAUGAACCUUCAUAACAACCGCGCCGGGAGGAAGGCAGUGAAGCGAUUAAUGUCUCUGGAGUGUAAGUGUCACGGCGUGAGCGGCUCCUGCAGUGUCCGGACCUGCUGGCUGGCCCUGGCCGACUUCCGCCGCACGGGCGACCAUCUGCGGCGGCGCUACAACGGGGCAGUGCAGGUGGUCAUGAACCAGUAUGGCACGGGCUUCACCACCGCGCAGCGACAUCUUAAACGGCCCAGCAAGAACGACCUGGUCUACUUCGAGGACUCGCCAGACUACUGCAUACGAGACCAAGAGUCUGGUUCGGUGGGGACGGGCGGGCGGGUAUGCAACCGGACAUCUCGCGGCGUGGACAGCUGCGAGGUGAUGUGCUGUGGCCGGGGCUACGACACAUCGCACAUCAGCCGCAACACCAAGUGUGAGUGCAAGUUCCACUGGUGCUGCGCUGUACACUGCCGGGACUGCAAGCUAGAGGUGGAUGUGCAUACCUGCAAGGCCCAGACGUGA